AUGUUGGGGAAUACAAAGACUGGAGCCUACAUGGACGCCAAUCUCCAGGCUCACCAACUGGAAACCGGUACCUCCUUUGGUCUUCUACAGCAAGAUUAUCAGAAUACAUCCAUUCUUGCUUCUGAUACCUGGCUUAAAUGGGUAUGGAAGGAACUUGAAUCACUGGAUGUGUACAUGACCUUUGACUCUCCGGCCCUAUCUUUAAGGUGUCAUCAUGACGCCCUCCUGAUUGACUUGUUUAUGGAUCUUGAGGUUGAUCAGGACAACCUUCUCUGGCUUAACUGGUGCCGGAUGUUCCUGCAAGUAUUCACAGUGUCAGAUGUCACUAUGGCUGAUGGCCGCUAUAUCCGGCAAUGCAUCUGGGACGGUUUCUUAAUAAUAACUGAAACAUUAAUCGAUUAA